UAAAAAUGGUAUCAAAAGGAAAGAAACCAAUAAGAGGAACACCUACAAGAAGAAUAAAAAGAAUCAAGAACCCAUCUUCUCCAUGUAGUAUCAACAGUGAAGUCACUUCAACGUCAUCAUCUACUUCAAUAUCCUCAACCGCUACGUCAACGUCGCCCAGUGGAUGUUGUACUCCGAUAUCUAAGAAGUCACGAAUACCGGAGAUGCUGACGUGUCCGCCAGCUCCGAAGAAGCAAAGGGUGGCGCAAAACUUUGCUUCGAGGAGGAGACAAAUCUCUUUCUUUGCUCCUCCAGAUGUAGAGCUCUUCUUUGUUUUUGCACUUGGUCAUAAUCAUGGUCAAGAAAACGAUAAAUAAGUUAAGUUUUAAUUAGGGUUCUGUGGUCAUAAUCAUGGUAUAAUCAAUCUCAAGCUUCUAGUUGGAUUUAAAUACAAUAACUGAAGGUAUCAGGCUGGAAGGUAUAUUAAGAGAGUUUACUAGCUUAGUGUGAUGUUUUGGCUUCUUUUUUCUUCUAUCUUUCUUUUUCCCCUCUUUGGUUCUUUUUUUUGGUUGGGUGAUUUUGAAUUUGUGGUAAGGUAUAAUUCAUCAAAUACCCUAUCUCUUUUUUAAUUAGUUAUAUUGUAACUUUUGUUUAUGGGUUCUGUAAUUGAAUGAUGCUUGCUAACAUUUCGGGCUUGAUAGCUUUGC